ACGACCGGAAGUCCGACUUUAACUGACGCUACGUUUACGCAUACGUCUGAACAAGCAAGCUAACGGGAGCCGAGCUACGAUGCUCUCAGUUCUCAAUAAUAAUAACGGAAGGCGAGGAGAAGCCUUGGUCUGCCGGGACAGACAUCUUAGCUGCGAGUAGACGAAAGAGAAGCGGUGAGAGACCUGUGUGAGUGUGUUUCCUGUGUGCCGGAGGCUGCUGCCGUAGAGCUGGGCUCGUACAGGACAGGGCGGGGUGAUGUUUAGGUUCCGGUAUAAAGGCAGCGAGAAAAUGGGAACCAGACGAGAUGUGGAGUCUGCUGCCGACACUGACGUUUUCUACCGGAGGCUAGAAUGAGAAGUUUACCGUCCUGGUGUAACAGGCCGGCGGUGUAACUGGCUGGGGAGGCAGUUGGAAGGGGAGAAGUGUGUCUUUGAGGCGCCCCUCCGCCCCCUGCCCGUCACCAAGAUGAGGACGCUAUUUACAUUCUGUUGUCUCUUCCUUAUUACCCGCGGAGUGAACCGGGCGUGGGCCACCGGAAACCUCACUGUCGACAGCAGUAACAACACCAAUCUGACGGCCGACAGCAGCAGCAGCAGAUAUAUCAGAAUCGGAGACGGCUCAUCGCAGGAAUUUGAGUUUCCUGAAAACACCAACGGCGUGAUUGUAAUCUCCAGCCAGUACCGGAGCGCCACGACCAGCAGGAAGGGCCGCCAGAGCUGGAAGCAGACGGUUACAGUCCGCUCCCUGGACCCGGAGGUGCUCACCAUCCUUAAUGUAACGGAUAGCGGCCACGCAGGAACAGCCAGGAGCUACAUCAUCAGCAUCCGCUCCGGGUUCCCAGGCAGGGCUCAGCUGCAGAUCCAGCUGCUGGACAUGGACCAGGACUCGGUCCCGGUUCUGAUUGAGGAGAGGACGGACUAUUCCAUCAGAGUGGCUCCCGGUAAUGACGACCCGGCCACCCGGCUCAUCCAGUCGGGUGGCCUGUCCCAUUUCUCUGAGAACCCUGUACUGUUUGCCUUGCUGCCCCUCAUCUUCAUCAACAAGUGUGCCUUCGGGUGCAAGGUGGAGGUGGAGGUGCUGCGUGGUCUGCUGAGGAGCCCGGUGCCUCUGCUCUUAGGGGUGCUGGGUCAGUUCCUGGUGAUGCCAUUGUAUGCCUACUGUGUAUCCCGUCUGGCCUCACUGCACAAAGCGCUCUCCCUGGGCCUGGUCAUCACCUGCUCUGCCCCGGGAGGUGGGGGUGGUUACCUGUACAGCCUGCUGCUCGGAGGCGACGUUACCUUGGCUAUCUCCAUGACCCUGGUCUCUACGGUGGUGGCGGCGGCAGCUAUGCCCUUGUCAUCGGCUCUGUAUGGUCGGCUGCUGGGUGUGCAUGCUGCCCUACAUGUACCGUUUGUGAAGAUCUUGGGUACCCUCCUCUUCAUUGCCAUCCCAAUCUCACUGGGCAUGCUGAUUAAGCUGCGUCUGCCUGCCCUCACACGUGUCCUGCUGGCUCUUAUAAGACCAUUCAGCUUGGUGCUCAUUGUUGGUGGCAUCUUUAUGGCCUACCAAAUGGGCGCGUCCAUCCUGGCCAACGUCGGGCCUCAGAUUGUGGCUGUUGGGGUGACGGUGCCUUUGCUGGGCCUACUGGUUGGGGCCAUCCUGGCCAAGGUGGCAGGCCUGGCCCCACCACAGAGGAAGACGGUAAGCAUCGAGGUGGGUGUCCAGAACAGCCUCCUGGCACUCGCUGUCAUGCAGCUGUCCUUCCGCCGGGCAGAGGCUGACUUCGCAUCCCAGGCACCCUUCAUCGUGGCCCUCAGCAGCACUUCAGAGAUGCUGCUCAUCGUUCUGGGGUACUUUGCCCAGCGGAGGUUGUGUGGGUCUGCCAUCCCCAGGAGUGAUGCCUGAUUGUAGCUGCAGUUUUUUGUUCUAAACUUUUUGGAUAAUGAACCCUUUCAAACCUGUGGAAAAUUUGGUGUCCUACAGUCUUGGCUACAAGACACCCAACAAUCACCAAUCAAGUAUUUAUUGUUGUGAUACACAGGACAGGGAGUGAACUUUUUGUGUUUUGUUAUUGUUUUCGUAUUUUUCAUGAAAACCAAAGGCCUUUUACCCCUCUGAGACCUUUUUGUGUUGAUUUUACAGUAUGUACUUUUUAAAAUCAGAUUAUACUGUGAGGUACUUAUUGAUGUAAAUAUUCAUAAGAAGAUAAAUACCUAUAAAAGAAAAGAUAUUUUUGUACCAGAUUACUUUUUGUAAUCAAAAAGCAAAGAUUGAUUUGCAUCAUGUUUACAAAAGGUCCAUGUGUCUUAGCCUGGGGGAGUACCAGGGGGUGUUAAGUGGAAUCAUUUGUGAAUCAAACAGGAACAUGAUGAUGGUGAUGAUGAUGUUUUGAAAGUAUUUGCUACUGAUUGUGUUCCCUGGAUAUGCGAAUCCAUGUACUUGAACAUAAGAGGAGAGAAAUGAGGAAAAAGUCAAUAAAAUACAAUGUUGAAGCAAACAUAA